AGGGUUUAAUGACAUCAGAUUCGAGGAAAACGAAAGUCUUAAAUAUGGAAUUUGUGACCCGUUUAACGGACUAUGGUUUUGGACGCAAAAAAGAGAUGCACAAAUUACCGGAAAAAUGUAUUCUUUUCAUCCACUUUUGGAUAACCAGCAACUUUUACAACAUAUGCUUCCGGAAAAUGGUGUGACCAAUGGAAUCGUGUGGCACGUUCGAGAUGGUAAAAAAUUCUAUUACAUCGAUUCUGAGCAUCAGAGAAUCCUAUUGUUCACUUACAGUCCGCGAGCAAGAACUGCUACUAGUAACCUUCAUAUUGUCUUUGACUUGAGCUUAUGGACUCGUAUCGAGGGAUACCGCAUCUACAACGGUAAUGCUAUUAUAGGUCGUAUGACAAUUGAUACCAAAGGUCGGCUCUGGGUGCCUCUUCUUGGAGGUUCACAUGUCAUUCAAGUUAAUCCACGUACUAAAGUAGUAAUGCAAACUGUUAAGAUACCUGCAAUCAAAGUCAGCGCAUGCGCUUUCGGAGGUAUGCGCAUGAAUAUUUUAUAUGUAUCAACACUGGGAUAUGGUACUGAUGAAUUACGUCCGACUGGCGACCAGGGUGGUCAGAUUUUCGCAGUCUCUAACCUUCCUGAUACCGUCAAGGGACAUGAGGCAAUGCCAUUCGUGGUGCCUACGGGACUUCUGUAA